AGGCAUGAAAUCUGUUGUCAAUAGAGCAAGAUAUGGGCGUCUUAGUCGUUUCCGAGUUUUAUGUUUGUCUAUAUAGAAGCCUUUAAUGAUUUUUACAGUGGUGGGCUCGCAUAUUUAACGUUACAUGCUAUUUGUAAAAGAGAGAAGGUGUGGUGCUGAAAUGAAAUAUAAAAAUAGACACGUAGCCCUGCGUUUCUGCUAUUGUGUAUUUUGUUCGUCCUCGCGGCGGCUCCACGCUCACUUUGUCCAAGAGAACUGUGAGCGUCACUUUGGUGUUAGUGUACAUGUUGCUAGGUAACACCGAGCACCUAUAAGAGCUCUUCAUGUAUGUCAAGGUACCACUGAGUGUGGGCAUAUUUUUCUUUGCUAAGUGUGUAAUUUACAACAACAACAGAAAAUGCCGUUUCAUACGGGCUCAAUUAAACCUCCGCUGCAUGACCAAAUAGCGGAGAUGCAGCGUAAAAUCCAACUAUUGGAGGGCGACAGAACUGCUUACUAUGAGAGCUCUCAAUCCACCAUCAAGAAGAACAGCGAGUCCAUCCGCCAGCUGAGGCAGGAGAACAAGAGGCUGUACAGAAAACUGGCAGAGGCUAAUGCUGGUGAUGAACAUAUCAUCAAAGUGGCUUUUCAUAACAGAGGUUUGGAGAAGGAUGCCUACCGCAACAUGUCAGGGAAGGCAGCCCUGACAACACUAGACCAGAGAGUGCUAUCCAAGAAGAAGCGCCUCAAUGCCCUAAAACACACCACCCAGACUUACCAGCAGAGCCUCAAGGAGCUGAAGAUGGAGUACCAGAGAAUAAAACCAGAGGGCAGCAAUGGAGCACAGUCUGCUGAUGCCCGCACUCGGAAAAAAGAGGAAGAUGCCAUGAACCUCCGGGCGCUGGAAAAUAAUCUGGAAAAGACCCAGUUUAAGUGCAAGGAGGCCGAGAACAUCAUGACUAACUAUCUGAAACUCAAAAGUCACCUGCAGGAGGAGAGUCUGACUUUUCAAGGCCAACUGGACAGUCUGGAAGCAGAAAUCCUGAAGCACAGAGAGGAGCUUCAUAACCUGAAGGUCAUGUACAACGAUGCCCAGCUCUCUAAAGAAGCUGCCAAGGCCGAGUUACAGCAGCAGGAGGAACUGCUCUACAAGGAGCGCAAAGAGAGAGAGCGUAUCAUAACCAGCUACAGGAAAAAAGUUGAGGAGCGCAAGGCCCAGGCUGAAAAAGUGGAUAGAAGGACCCAGAGAACAGCUAUGCAGCCAGAUGAACUGAGCAGUGAGGCCCAGCGCAGCACCACCAGAAUGGCAGGUGAAGAGGAGAAGGCCAUCUCCACUUUUGAGGAGGCCUUCCGACGCAUCAAGGAGGCCACUGGAGUCUCAGAUGUACAGGAGAUAGUGGAGCGCUUUAUCUCACAAAAGGAGACACACCAACAUCUGGAGGAGCUGAAGGAAGAGAAUGAGAAGGUCCUGCAGCAGCUGAAGGAGCAGAAGGAGCUCCUGAAUCAACAGUUCCAGGAUAUGAAAUAUUCUGGAGAGGCUAAACUCUCCAGUGACCAACAGAUGCUGGAGGAAUGUGAGCAGCAACUGCAGGCCCAGCAGCAGAGGUGCGAUGCAGCUAAAGAGCGUCUGGAUUGGCUUGUUAAAACCCUCAGUAUUGUUCGAGCCGGAGUGGAGCACCUGGCAGACAAACUUCAACACAUCACACUGAGUGAGGACACAGUGGCUGAUGUGUCUCCAGACUCAGAUGAGUUUGUGUUGGAGCUGAUGACCCAGUGUGAGCUGAAGCUGCAGUUACUGCAGGAGGAGCUUCAAGGAAAGGAUCUGGCCGCUAUUAUGAAAGAGAUGGAGGAGGAGGAGUUCUACAUCAAGAUUGAGGGGAAACUGCCGGCUUACAACACCCGAGUCAAGCUCCCCGAGGACCAAAGACUGGACCCCUUCAAUGACGAGGACGAGAGCGAAGAGGACGAGGCUGACAUCAUCUCACGGGAGGCCCUGAAACGUCAGUCUCAGCUGAUCAUUGACUCCAAGUCCAAGAAGAAGCCCUGGAAGAAGAAGAAGGGCAAGUUCUGAUCCAACACCAUGAGACUCAAGAAUCAACGAAAACAAUUGUCUUAUCAGUCACUACAAAGAAUCUUGGAUUUAAAAAAAAGAUUUUGGCUGAAAAUACAAAUAAAUUUUUAGACUUAUUGAAAGGUGAGCACAAUUUAACAGUUCUUAGAUGAUAUUUAUCAAAGUAUUUGUGUCUUUGAAGCUGGUUACUUGAUGUAUAUAUGUGGAUUUGUUGUGACAACAGUAAUGUUCUCUGUCAGGUGUCACUGUUGCUCCAACACUUGUCUCUCCACCUCUUUUUCGCAACUCAGAUUCCACCCAUUCCAUUCAGCCUCAUGGAGAGCCAGUAACAUCAAUCAGAACAAUGCUUUCACUUUUUUAAAAAUGACCCUUUCUGUAAAUAAUAUAUGGUUGUGCGGUAUGUGUAACCUGUGCCCAAAGCAUUUCACUACUAUUGUCCUGCUGAUGGAAACCUAUCUGUUGUGAAUAUAAUGGGCUUUAUCUUGCAGACAGGAUGCACUGUGGCCUGCAGUGCACUGAAAACCAACACCUGUGAUGAAUCCAGUCUUUAUUCAUGGGUGAAUCACAUCAACAUUAAAGACGCUCAUGAUUUGUCCCAGUGUAGGAUACGAUACAAAAGUGCAUGUGAGACCUCACCUGUUUGCAGACAUGUAGCACCAACACCUGAACUAUCUCUGCUAUGCUCAGCAUCUCAGAAAUGGUUCUGCCUCUUUGCUCACAUGCUGUGCGGUUGUUGGGACCUGUUCUUGGAUGUUAGGUGGAUAAUCUUGUUGUACGACUGAGCAAUUGGCCAUACAAUAAAUCUUCAUACCUGAAUGUCAGAUGAUAACCUCAA